AUGCCUGCAAAGUCAUGUCGCUGGACAACAAAAGCAGCAGAGAUUUGGGGAGUGUGGUGGGGACCCUCCCCAGCUGGGGUGACACACAAGACAACGACUAAGGCCAAUCAGGCUCUCCCACCUGUCACCCUGGCCCUUCUCUGCCUGGACGGUGUCUUCCUCUCCUCAGCCGAGAAUGACUUUGUCCACGGGAUCCAGGAGGAGUUGGACCGCUUCCUGCUGCAGAAGCAGCUGUCGAAGGUUCUUCUUUUUCCCCCACUCUCCAGUCGCCUCCGGUACCUGAUCCACAGAACAGCAGAGAAUUUUGAUCUCCUGAGCAGCUUCUCUGUUGGGGAGGGCUGGAAGAGGAGGACGGUCAUCUGUCACCUCGACAUCAGGGUACCCAGUUCAGAUGGCCUCUCUGGCCCCUGCCGCCCUCCUGCGUCCCACCCUGGCAAGUACCGUGGUCCUCGGCCUACCUCAAACCAGGGAGUGACUGCUGGUGCCCGCGGUGCACGGGCUGGCCGGUGGCAUGGACGCAGGCCGGACCAGCCUUUGUAUGUGCCCCGCGUGCUGCGCAGACAAGAAGACUGGGCGCUGAGCUCUACCCCGGGGCUCAAGGGAGAGCCCCCAGCUGGUGGGGUCCCAGAAGAGCCUAGAGAAGUUGGUGCUGGGGACCCCAACUCUGAUCAGGGACUCCCUGUGUUGGUGACUCAGGGAACAGAGGACUUAAAGGGCCCAGGCCAAAGUUGCAAGAAUGAGCCACGGCUGGACCUGGUUGGUCCUGAGCCGCCAGGGUAUAAGAGUCCCUCAGGGAAGGGAGACAUGGUGGAGAAGGCCACACAGCUUGUGUCCAGCCUGCAGCUGGGCCUGGAAGCAGGACAAGAGAGUCGGCUGGAGAAGACUAUGGUGGCAGAGGAGGGAGAGGAAGAAGAAGUGGAAGAGGAGGGGCCUGGCAGCUGCUCGGAGGACGAUCACAGUGAGCUGCUGCAGGAGAUCAUGGACAACCUGACUGAGAAGGAGAUUCAGAUAGAGAAGGUCCACGUGGACCUGUCCUCCUUCGUGGAGGAGCUGCCCGUAGAGAAGGACUUUGCCCACGUGGUGGAGAUCUACGACUUUGAGCCAGCACUCAAGACUGAGGACCUGCUGGCCACAUUUUCUGAGUUCCAAGAGAAGGGGUUCAAGAUUCAGUGGGUGGAUGACACGCACGCUCUCGGCAUCUUUCCCUGCCUGGCCUCAGCUGCGGAAGCCCUGACCAGGGAGUUCUCAGCGCUCAAGAUCCGGCCCCUCACGCAGGGAACCAAGCAGUCCAAACUCAAAGCCUUACAGAGGCCAAAACUCCUGCGUCUGGCGAAGGAGAGGCCACAGACAAACACGGCCGUGGCCCGGAGGCUGGUGGCCCGGGCCCUGGGGCUCCAACACAAGAAGAAAGAGCGGCCUACUGUCCAGACUCUCCUGUCGCCCUGAGGCCCCAGAGGCCCAGCCGGACUGGAUCCCGCUGGGGCUGAGCUGGGCCCCAACACCACAAGCCUUUACAGACACCGGAGCAGCCCAGCGUCACCGUGGGAGCCUCCCCAUGGGGCGUGGUGGGCUUUAGCUUCAUCUAGUCCCAGAAAUUGAGAAAAAAUAAAAACUUAAGUUGUUCUAGUGCAA